AUGUUGAGAAUUAUAGCUUCCUUCUUUUUAUCCUCUCUGUACGUUCAAAUCUCAUCCCCGGCUUUCUUAGCACCUGUUGUAAAAGACCUGUCCACUCAGAAGCACAUUAUGUCAGUUUACCUAAAUACCCCUCCCCAGCCCACCAAUUUACUCCUCGACCUCGGCGCCUCCGCCACUCUCCUCAAAUGCCGGGCCCGCAAAACCAACCCAAUCGCGGGUCAACCCACGACCCGAUCCCUCUCCAUGCCCGUGACCGACGGGUCCAACCCGGGCCCACUCAAGCCCAUACCCGAUUUCGCUUUCUCAUGCGGCUACCGUUCCUCACUCAAGGGCCCAAUGGGCCUAGCCGGUUUGGGCCGGUCCAACCUGUCCAUACCGGCUCAGGUCAGCACGAAAAUCAGACAGUACUGUCAGGUUUUCGCGCUGUGCCUGUCCGGUUCGCCCUCGGCUCCCGGUGUGGCUUUUUUCGGCUCGGCCGGCCCGUACAAUUUUCUUCCCGGAAAAGUCGACCUUUCGAAACACCUCAACUACACGCCCCUUGUCUCGGUCCGUAAUAAUCCCGAGUAUUUUAUAAUUCUUAAGUCCGUUUUGGUCAACGGGAAGGCGGUCAAAGUUGACCACCACCGGGAACACUCGCCCGAGUUGGUAGCCAUGUUGAGCACGGUAACCCCCUACACCGUGCUGCGGACGAACAUCUUCGAGGCCGUGGUGCGGGCGUUCGCGGAGGAAUGUUCCUCUGCGCUCAACCUCACGGCAGUGGCACGGGCCGUGGGACCGUUCGGGUUGUGCUACGAGGCAGAUGAGGUGGCGGUGGGGCGGGCGGGGCCCGAGGUCCCGACCGUGGAUUUAGUCGUGGGGGGUGAGGAUUCGGUGUGGAGGAUGUUUGGGUCGAACUCGAUGGUGAGGGUGUACGGUGGGGAGGCCGGCGAGGACGAUGUGUGGUGCAUGGGGUUCGUGGAUGGUGGGGCGCGAUUGGGUGGGGGUGCGGCGGAUGUGGUGAUAGGGGCCCACCAGAUGGAGGAUAGCUUGGUGGAGGUCGAUUUGGAGGGCGGGAGGCUGGGGUUUAGCUCGUCUGUGAUGGUGCAGGGGACCAUGUGUGCUAAUUUCAACUUCACAACCAAUGAUCAUGUGUUGGAAGACGUGAGUGAAUCAGAAUCAUUGAUUUUGAUAAUAUUGAAAAAAAAAAGGCGUUCGCAGAGGGACGUUCCUCCGCGCUCAACCUCAUGGCAGUGGCACGGGCCGUUCGGGUUGUGCUACGAGGCAAAUGAGAUGGCGAUGGGGCGGGCGGGGCCCGAGGUCCCGACCGUGGAUUUAGUAGUAGGGGUGGGGAUUCGGUGUGGAGAAUAUGUGGUGAUAGGGGCCCACCAGAUGGAGGAUAGCUUGGUGGAGUUCGAUAUGGAGGGCGGGAUGCUGGGGUUUAGCUCGUCUGUGAUGGUGUAG